UUUCCGAAAUUUGGGGGUUGGCUGUAGCUAAACGCAUGCGCAACAUCUUGCCAGUACCGGUCUCAAGAUGGCAGCCGCAAUGGAUGUUGAUGCACCUAGUGGAAGUAACAGCGGAGCAAGUAAAAAACGAUUUGAGGUUAAAAAGUGGAAUGCAGUAGCACUAUGGGCCUGGGAUAUUGUGGUGGAUAAUUGUGCCAUUUGCAGAAAUCACAUUAUGGACCUCUGUAUAGAGUGUCAAGCAAAUCAAGCCUCUGCCACAUCAGAAGAAUGCACUGUUGCGUGGGGAGUCUGCAAUCAUGCUUUUCACUUUCAUUGCAUUUCUCGAUGGUUGAAGACUCGGCAAGUGUGUCCACUGGAUAACAGAGAAUGGGAAUUCCAAAAGUAUGGCCACUAGAAGCAAUUUGUGACUAGACUACAUCCAGUAAGAGUAUCCAGUAUGAGAAAACUGUGGUUUAUGGAGCAUUUCUAAACACUUGAGCAUUCAUCACUUGCAUAUGUUUGUUUUCAUUGCAAACAUUUACAUUGUGCUUUGUUUGUAUUGCUGUUGAAUUGCAUUUAUUAAACUGAUCAACUCUU